UUGACAAACGAGCAAAAGCUUCCCUCCUUACAUCUCUGCCCGGGAUCGAAUUGUGAUACCAUCUGACGCAAGAGGCAUCAAAUGCAACGCUGCGGAGGCUUGGUGACACGGUUGCUGAGUCGCUCGGUGUCCGCAGCAUCAAAACGAGAUGCUGCCGCCGCGUGCACUGGGCUAGGCCCCUGGGGCGUUCUUUGUUUCAGGGGCAUUAGCAGCACAUCAUCUCCAGAUACUGGCGUGCUUCAGGUUCAGCCUCAGGCGGCAGAUGCCUUCAACGCGGUGGCGCACUCGUCACUGGAGGACGGGUUGGCGAUGAUCUUAAGCCCUACGCAGCUGGGCGUGCAACUGUGGGAGGUGGCGCAUGCAAGCACCGGCUUGCCCUGGUGGGCAGCCAUCCCAGUGGCCACGGUGGGCGUUCGCACCAUGCUCAUGCCGCUCAGCUUGCGCGCCUACGCGGCGUCAUCGUACCUGGCUCUGCUGCAUCGCGCCUUCGGCUUGUCCCGCGAAGUUGGUGACGCGGUGGCUGAGGCCGAGGCGACGGAGCGCCGACAGCGUGGGGAGUCUGCAGGGUCAGCGUCAGUCUCGGAGGGCAGUGCGGUGGCCGGCGAAACCAGUGCUAGCAGCAGUGGAAGUAGCCCGCAUAGCACUGGCAGAAAGCGCAACGCCGCUGUUGUUGAUGGCGCUCGUGCCCUGGGGCGGAUGGAACUGGUGCGGCACGUGGUGGCCCAUUUGCACAAGGGGAGCAAUGCGCCGUCGCUGAGCUGGUACGUGGCCAACGGCGCUGUGCAGAUGCCUAUCGUCAUCUCGCUGACGCUGGCGCUGCGUCGCAUGUGCGACAGCCUGUGGCCAGGCCUGACCAGCGAGGGUGCUCUGUACUUCACGGACCUGACCGCGCCGCCGGUGUACCUGCAGACGCUCUCCACGCCAUACGGCACGGCAGGGGCGAUCCUUCCACUGGGCCUUAUGCUGCUGUACGCCUCCGCAGUAGACCGCUCCAGGGGAGGGUCCUCGCCUGGCAUCAACGUGGCGCUCAAGCUGUGCGCCAUCCCGCUGUACAUUGCGGCGCUGCAGCAGCCGCACGCGGUACUGCUGUACUGGCUCAGCCAUGCCGCCACACAGCUGGGAGUCUACCAGGUGGCGGUGCUGAUGGAGCCCAAGCAAACCGCAAGCACGGAAGCUACACAAACUGACCAGGGUGAUGCCAGCCUGGAUGACCUGCUGCUGGUGCUUUCGGAUUCGUACGAGAAGGCGGGGAACAAGGCGGCGGCUCGGGCGUGCCUGCAGGCGCUGUCAGUGCGGCAGCCAGGGCUCGGCAGCGUGCAAGAAAGGCUCAAGCAGCUGGACACCACCAGCGGAGUGUGAUGCUGCCGCUGGAAUGCCGUAAUUGCCAAUUGGCUGUGCGGGAGUUGCUGUGCCCCAAGCCCAAAGCAGAUGGGCAUGUGGUUGGAAGCCGGGCUAAGCACGGAACUGCGAAGGAGUGCGCCAAUAGUAAUCUUGAUUUUCACUGGUUGUGGUUGUCGAAGGCCACGUAUUAGUAUAAAAACUCAGGCGGAGCGAGAAGCGACCUCGCGCGCAAUGGACAAUGGACUGUCGCGAGGUUGCAGGUAAAAUAGCCCGAGGCGCAGAAGUAUGGCCUGGCCCCACCAGGGGCAGCAACAGCGGCGGCAGCAGCAGCAGCAGCGGCACAGGGCCUGGCGGCAGCGGCCCUGGGCCCAGCAGUUGCGGCGUGCAUGUGCGUAGCGGAGGGGGCGAACAAGGCCACGUGGAGGAGGACAGCACGGCGUCGCCCAAAAAGCGGCGCCAGCGCACAGGUUGCGGCCGGCCGGUGUCUGGUUAGGGUCUUUGCUGGCGAGCAUAGCACCACACAGUACGUGGUAGGCCGCAGCAGUGAGGAGUGUGGUGGCUCGAGGGUUUCCUGCUGUUUGGUUGAUUGCUGGCUGUGCUUUUGCUUGAUAGCUGGACGCAGCUGGAUGCAUGGCGGGUCGUGCCUGUACGAACCGGCCCCAGCUAUGUCCGGGAGAUGAGGUAGACGCUUGCGGCCUCAGACUAGAGACGUGAUGUGGGCGCAGCCCACUUUUCCCAUGCGAGGGAAUAUCUCAAAAAAUAUCUUGUCACUGGUUGUGGUGCAGCAGGGUGCAGUAAGUCUGGGGAGGUUGAGGGAGGGCCGCACGUAAGGCUUGGCCGCUGUUGAGCCUUCGGUUGCCAUAGUGCCGCACCUGGGCCUUGAGGUCUUGAUGCCGGAGAGGGAGAUUGAAUACAGGGUUCACGCAGUGUUUGGGGGCGAUGGCCUGUUGAUAAUUCUGGAGAUUUAUUUGGCUAGCAUCCUGGAAGAAAACAGAGCGGAUUUAAGGGGUGUACGGUACGGCACAGUCGGUCAUCGGUUAGGGGCGGUUGGGGGAUUUUGCAGGGUGGGGUCUGGAGCUUUGGAUCGAAAUCCCCCCUGAGUGAGAAUGUCGAUAACCUACUUGCAUUUGUGUCAGGGGUGGUCUGGUGAGGAAGCCCCCAUCGGGGCCAGCCGGGUUUCAGGACUCAGGAGCCCAUCGUGAUGAUUUUCGGGAUGCGGCCACAAGCGCCCCCACAAGCAGCGGAGGGCCCCGGUGCGGAGGGCCCCGGCGCGGAGGCCCCCGGCGCGAAGAAGGUGUGUGGGGUUGAAUUUUUGAGUUGCAAGGGAUCGGGCACAAGACUUUGCAGCUUCGACCUUGCCUUAGGUGCCUGUGACCACUGCAGCCCACAGCUGAUGCCGCCAUGUGUAUGCGCGCAUCGCACCGCAUUUGCAGGAAGGCGGGCGGGCGGCCGGCGGGCGGCCGGCGGAGCGGUGAGUGGAGCUGCGAGUAGAGUAGAGCGGCGACUGAGCAGUUGGCAGCAGGAGCAGCGGUGCCGGUGGCGCUCCCUACCUUCCUUCCGUCCGUGGCCUACUUGUAAGCCUGCGUGGCC